CUCUCUGUACUCAGUGACCAGAGGAAAGGAAAGAAUCAUGAACUGGUUCCAUUUAAUCACAACCCUGCUCCUACUGAACCUGGGGAUCUACGGAUUUGCCAAUGAAGAUGCAAAGCUAUCUGAGGUCUGUGGGAAACCUGUGGUGGACAGGAGCCGCAUUGUGGGAGGGCAGGAUUCAAAGAAGGGGCAGCAUCCCUGGCAAGUGAUUGUGAUACUUCCUAAUAUCCAAUGUGGUGGAACCCUAAUUAGUAGCAGAUUUGUUCUGACUGCAGCCUUGUGUGUGCACAGUACCCCUGUAGAUCCAGAGACCUAUACAAAAAUUGUCUUUGGAGAUGGCCACCCAGAGCUUCGCCAAGGAGUAAGAGUUGGGAAGUAG